AUGGUUGACUCAAUCCUUACGAAUUCUGAGCCCUUUUCCAGGGAAAGUGUGCCACAUGUGACCAUCAAUCAUGAGGCCACAGUAGAACUCGACAGUACCAAUGCAUUUGAGGGACCUGAAAAGCUGCUAGAGGUAUGGUUUGCUCCUGCUCCUGAUGCCCUUCCGCCCGGAACAAGUCCUAGCGGGCUCAAGGCAGUCAGCGUGGAAACUUGGAUUGAGAUGCUAGACCUGGUCAAUUGUAAGAUUCUAUCGGUCGUUCGCUCUGAAAAUAUUGAUGCGUAUCUACUCUCGGAAUCCAGCAUGUUUAUCUUUCCGCACAAACUGAUCCUAAAGACUUGCGGAACAACAACUCUAUUACUAGGCCUUUCAUGUAUGCUCAAGGUUGCCACAGUCAACGCUGGAUUUCCUUGCUGCGAUGGUUACCUCAGCUCAGGCAGUCCAGUAGCAAACCCUUAUCGUGUCUUCUACAGCCGCAAGAACUUCUUAUUCCCUGACAAACAGCGCGGUCCUCACCGCAGCUGGAAUAAGGAAGUCGAAUUUCUUGACAGUAUGUUUUCGAGCGGAAGCGCUUACAUGGUUGGGAAGAUGAAUGGCGAUCAUUGGUAUUUGUACUUAACGACUCCAAACUCUACCCUCACGCCACCCAGGACACCAGAAAGCGAAAAGCUCGAACCUUCGACGACGAGAAUUCUGGAGAUCCCCUUCAAUCCAACUCAAUCCGAAAUACAGGGUUGCAAUGACGAUGAAACUCUGGAAAUAUUGAUGACAGAUCUCGAUGAAGAGAAUGCUCAGAAAUUUUAUGUCAAUCAUGCAACUGCAUCAAUGGACUCCAGAAGCUCAAAAAAUGAGUCAUUGAAAGAAGUGGCGGAGCAAAUAAAAACUUCCCUCGCAGAUGAAAAGUCAUCUCAAGUUGAUCCUCUCGUGGACCAGCAACUUUCAACUGAUACUUUGAAAGAUCAAUCAACUCAAACAGCUUUGCAGCACAACUGUCCACUAGCGACCAAUGAAACUCCAUCAAUCGAAGAUGUACAAGGUCACACCCUUGGCACAAAAGUUUCGGAAGACUGUGGUCUAUCAGACGUCUAUCCAUCUUCAAAGUAUCCAAAUGCACGCGUUGAUGCAUACCUUUUUUCUCCAUGUGGAUUUUCCGCCAAUGGGGUGAUACCUGCUCCUGAAGGCACUGCCACCCACUACUUUUCUGUCCAUGUCACUCCUGAACCACAAUGUUCUUAUGCUUCAUUUGAGACAAACGUUCCAGCGCCUCGGACCGACCGGGGAAUGAUUGCUGUGGUCGAGGAGGUCGUUCGAAUCUUCAAGCCCGGACGUUUUAGCGUCACGCUAUUCGAAGCCAGAAACGAGUCUGGCGAAGAAUCACGUGAUAGAAGCCAACUCUUCGCCGUCAUGGGACCUAGCACUAAUGUCAACGGUCGCCGGUCGAAAAUAGAUAUGGUUGAAGGAUACCGACGUAUAGACAGGAUUGUUCAUGAAUUUGAUGGGUACGAUCUUGUCUUUCGCUACUAUGAGCGUACAGAUUGGCUUGGGGGGGCUCCACGAGUGGGGGAGGUUGGGUCCUGA